AUUGGUCAAAUUUACAUAAUUCUCUAUAUGAAUUUAUUUUCUCCACUUUUUAUGUUUUCUUUCUCAACUUACCUUUCUUGACUUUUCAUCAGCUCACCCAUGUAGAUAAAAUAUUCAUUUCUACUUAUUUUUUUCCUAAUUGGGCCGUCAUGGUGGUUCGUAUGUCUUUUUCAUGAUUUGCGUUUUCUUUAAUUGCUUUAUGUUAAUCUUUAAAAAAAAAAAAAAACAAUUCUUGAUUAUCAGCUCAAAAAUCAUGUGUUAAUUUCUGGGUAAAGUAGAACAGGAUCUCUAAUCUGUAUUCCCUCUAUCCACAUUUCUGCUACAGUGGAAUUGGUCAAAUCACAUAAUUCUCUAUGUGGAUUUAUUUCUUGCUUCAGCAUUAUCUGUGGUGUAACAAAUAGUAGGUUUCUUGAUUUAGCUGUAAAAAUGGAGUUAGCAGCACAGUUAAAGAGAGGAAUAUCAAGGCAAUUCUCAAAAGGGUCAUUUAAAUUGAGUUUCAAGAGGCAAACUUCAUUGGAUCCAAGAAGGAAGAACAAUUUAAGGUUCAGUUUUGGGAGGCAAUCGUCACUUGAUCCAAUUAGAAGGAGUCUUGAAAAUGGUGAAGAGGUUAUAAGUGUGCCAGAGAAUCUUGAUUCAACUAUGCAGUUGUUAUUUAUGGCAUGUAAAGGAGAUGUGAAGGGAGUUGAGGACUUGUUAGAUGAAGGGGUUGAUGUUAAUAGUAUUGAUUUGGAUGGAAGGACUGCUCUUCAUAUUGUUGCUUGUGAAGGUCACGUUGAAGUUGCUAAGUUGUUGUUAAGUAGGAAGGCUAAUAUGGAUGCCCGUGAUCGUUGGGGUAGCACGGCGGCAGCUGAUGCCAAAUACUAUGGUAAUGAUGAAGUUUACAAAAUACUGAAGGCCCGUGGAGCCAAAGUCCCGAAAGUCAGAAAGACGCCAAUGGCUGUAGCAAAUCCACGAGAAGUUCCAGAAUAUGAACUAAACCCUCUGGAGCUUCAAGUCCGCAAAAGUGAUGGAAUCUCAAAGGGUUCAUAUCAAGUUGCUAAAUGGAAUGGCACGAAAGUUUCGGUAAAAAUACUUGACAAGGAUAGCUAUACAGACCCUGAAAGCAUAAACACUUUCAACCAUGAAUUAACUUUGCUAGAAAAAGUACGGCAUCCGAAUGUAGUUCAGUUUGUUGGAGCAGUUACACAAAAUAUACCGAUGAUGAUAGUCUCAGAGUAUCAUCCAAGGGGUGAUCUAGGUAGCUAUCUUCAAAAAAAGGGACGUCUAUCUCCUUCAAAGGCGCUUAGAUUUGCUCUUGAUGUUGCUAGGGGUAUGAACUACCUUCACGAAUGCAAACCAGACCCAAUUAUCCAUUGUAAUUUAAAGCCAAAAAAUAUUUUGCUGGACAAUGGAGGUCACCUGAAAGUUGCUGGAUUUGGUCUGAUUAGAUUGUCUAAAAUUUCACCUGACAAAACAAAGUUGGUGCAGCCGGAGGAUACUGACCGUUCAAGUCCCUAUGUGGCACCUGAGAUUUAUAAAGAUGAAGUAUUUGACCGGAAUGCGGACAUAUAUUCAUUUGGCAUUGUACUCUACGAGAUGAUGGAGGGAACACCACCUUUUAAUACCAAGUCUCCUCAAGAGGCUGCUAGACUUAUGUGCUUAGAAGGCCAAAGACCAGCAUUCAAAUCAAAAUCCAAGUAUCCUCCAGAGCUCAGAGAGUUGAUUGAAGAAUGUUGGGAUCCAGAAGCUUAUGUACGGCCAACAUUUUCUGAGGUCAUUGUGCGGAUGAAUAAAAUUUUUGCUAACUGCUCGAAAAAAGGAUGGUUGAAAGAUACUUUUAAACUCCCUUGGUUGUAAGGAUGCAUAAAAGUGCAAGAACGCGGACAAAUAUUGGAGUCAAUGGAGUUUAUAAGCGGAAGAUUAUCGUAAAGCUUUCCACUCAAUUUAUUGCAUGGGACCUUAUGAUAAGCCUAAUAAGCAACCUUCUAUUCGUCGAGAUUCCUUGAAAGCUUUAUAUUGUGGUUAACCAAAUAAAAGGCAGAUUUUCAGGGUGAAUGAGAUGGGAUUACAAUUUAAUCUUGGCUCUCCCUGUUCUCUCCUGUUCUCAGUAAGUUUAAACUCUACCAUAUGUCAUAUGAAGCGUCUUUAUUAAAUCUAUGGUAUUUCAACAUUGGUGAACCAAAUUUAUAUUGCUUUACAAGGGGAAAACAAAGAGGUUAUAUAAGAACGGGCUGUAUGCUAUUA